AUGUCGAACUUCAAGAUGCAAACACUGGACCAACAACAUUCACAGGCAUCAUCGAUUUACGAGGGCGAUUUGUCGAUUAUUGCUGAUUAUCGUGAAAAUGCUGUCGUCGACAACGUGAAUCCCCAUCUCAAAUCUGAACAUCCUACCGAAGAACCUGAGAGUAAUCGACAAAAUCCAGUUACCGCCAAUCCGAAAAGAAAACGUGAAAAUGAGGACAAUUAUACGUUAUCUGAUGGGUCCAUUCAGGAGUCAAAACGCGCAAAAGUCACUCCCUUCGCUCUCAACCCUAUUCACGAUUCUGGCAAUUCUGCUGCUGGGAAUGAUCAGUUCUAUUUUAUAGCACAUUGCCCUCGUGUACAGGCCGCAAUGAGGAGAGCCAAGUUACCCAGAGGCGCUCGGUUUGAGCUAGCGCGUCUAGUCUCGACCAACAAAAUUAGCAUCGACCAAUUAAAAACGGCAAACAUUAUGGCCAUCGAGGGGCCAAAUGCACAUGCAAUCCCCGAGAUCGAACAUAUGUUUCUUAAAGCUCGACGGAGGCACGAUUCCCUAUUGGACAUUGCCUUUGCAAAGGAAAUUGCAAUCAAUUCUCCGUGGGCGGAACUGGAUCAAGAAGAACGCGCGCUCUCAGAGGGACCAUAUGAGGGCUUAGGAAACAAUCCAUCUUACCCUGGUUGGUAUGGUGGAAAGGUUCAGUUUCGCGGACAUCUGUCUGCAGACCGUGAUAAGAACCAGUUUAUAACUCAAAAAUCCAUCAGAUUGGUUCUUGACAAGUGCCAACUUGGUUCCUCCUGUCGAUUCACUCGAAGAUUUGGAUCGUGGUCAUUCAUAAGAGUCAAGAUUCCAUCGGAUCUUUAUUUCAACAAAAAAAUUCAAUUAGACGUUUUUUUUCGUCAAGGGUUUGUGAUAUGGGACCGCGUUUUUCGAGCUUGCUAUGCAAAAGGUGACAAUGUAUUUUUAUUUAUGACGAAUGAGAAAUUACACUCUUCUUCCGGGUCUGGGACCUUUGAGGACGGACUAUCUCUUGAAGGUUUCAUAAAUUGGCAUAAUCCUCUAGCGCAUAAUACCAACCAGGCAAGGUUGAUGACAAAAUGGGCCUCCCGAAUGGUUCUCGGCUUUUCGACCUCAGUUCCUGGGCCAGUGAUAGAACAAGACUGUAUAAUACUCGAACCAGAUAUUGUUUCUGCCCAAAAUUCCGAUAUGACUGAUGGCUGUGGCCUGAGUUCCCGUAUGGUACAUCAACUGAUUUUGAGGCAACUUGAACUUGAUGUGCUUCCUUCUGCUUUCCAAUUCCGUUUAUCUGGGUGCAAGGGAAUGUCCCUACUACGCAAUGACCUGCAUGAUGCCAGUGACGAUGACAAAAAGAUAUGGGUUCGGCCCUCUCAGACGAAGAUUCAGUACGAUCCAUCUAAACCAUUGGAUCCCGCCAUGCGGACUAUCGAUCUUCUACGAACACCUCAUAUGCGUUCAGGAAUAAGGCUAUCGAACGAUGUUGUUAUUAACCUCGCUGAAAACGGCGUCCCUGAUCAAAUCUUUGUGGACCUUUUCAAAACGACCCUCGAAGAAUUAGUUACCGGAUUGACGACAUGGGAUGGACCAGAUGCAAUGUUCAAGCUUUGGAUGUUUGUUGAACGCGUCGGAGGAGUAGUUUCCAGCCGUCGGGCAAGGGAAUGUAGAACUGAAGCUCGUGUUAGAGGAUACUCAAACUACACCGCCGAAGAAUUGGAAGAAAACCCUGAAGCCGAUGAUGAGGAUGGGCUCUCGCUCGGCUCAAAGGACAUGCGCUCCCUUCCAUGGUUUAUGGAUGCUAUCUCUGGAUGCCCAUCUACCCUUGAGGAGUUCAUCUGUGAGCUACUCGACUCGGGUUUCAAUCCUAAGAGCCUCCAGGUACUGCGCCAGAAGUUAAGGAUGGUUGCCAUUACAAAGGUUGAAAACUGUACCGAAAGACUGCGGUUCAAUGUAGAACAGUCGUGUAUUGCGUUCGCCGUGCCAGACCCAUAUGAGUGCCUUGGACCCAACGAAGUUCAGAUUAAAAGUUCUAGUCAUAACCUUAGACUUAACGAUGGAUCAUUAACCAAUGUUAUCAAAGGACCUGUCUUGGUUGGAAGAGAUCCAUGCAAAACUCCAUGUGAUAUUCGCAAGGUUAACGCAGUAGAGCACUAUGCUCUCCAACAUUGUCUGGAUGUAAUUGUGUUCUCAGUACAAGGAUAUCGCCGCCUAAUUGAUUUGCUUUCAGGUGGUGACUAUGAUGGUGAUCGACCGUUUGCUAUAUGGCUUGACUCCAUCGUGACGGCGUUCAAAAAUGCGGACGAGACGAUAUAUGGAAAUGAACCUGAAGGAGUCGAUAUUUGCUUCCUACGUGACAAAGAAACAGUCGGUGAUUUCGUGGAGCGAACCAAGUCGAUGAAACCUCCCGAUCGAGAGGGCGCAAUGCAGAAGUAUUUGUUGAGCGGACUUGCAGACCCUUCAUUAAUUGGGAAAUACUCUACCAUGCAUGAUAAUGCAAUUUACACUCACGGGUACUCUUCAUAUAAAUCCCGCAAGCUCGCUGCAAAGUUCUGUCGGGUACUUGAUGCCCCGAAGACUGGAUGGAGGAUCAGAGAAAACACCUUGGAUGAUGACAGAAGGAUAUACGCCAGUACAGAGGGUCCGGAAUGGAAGGCACUUCUUAUCAGGGGGAAGAAAAAAUCAACUAGAAAAAAUUCAGGUGCCCCUGUCGGUUCGACCUCGAAUUUGCCAUAUGCACAACGCGAUCACAACAAGUUGGGGAGGUUUAUUAUGGACACUCUUGCAAGGAAAGCGGUAGCGGAAAGAGAACGAAUGCUACAACAAGUCGACCAGUUUUUUGCGCCACUACCUCCAAUGCUCGACACUGACCUGGCUGAACCCUGGCUCUCCGCCAAAAGGUGGGCACAGCAAGGUACUCCGGAGUUCGUCGACAUGAAGAUGAAGGAUUUAAACCGGAUUGCCACACACGUCGAAACCGUACACCAAAAACAUAAACAGACACUGGCACAAUGUUAUCAUGAUGGAAGAUCAUUCACCGAAAUGAGAAUAGAAACUCGUCAAGAUAUGUUGCGAGAACGCUCUCGAGAAUUUCACUCCGGCCCUUCUUUGGAUGACCUUCCAACCAUACCAGAUCAAGAUACCCUCAACCGUUUUCGAGCAUCCUAUGCUUACAAGUAUGAUUAUGACUCAUCUCCUGACAAAUGGACUCGCUUUCCAUGGGAUAUGGCCAUGGGCAAUCUCUGUGCCAUCAAAGCCACUGCUCUAGGCCAAGCUAAGGUUGUUACUCGAAAUUUUUACGAACGAUAUAAAAUGAUCAAGCAUUGA